AUGUCGAUAAAAGCUGAUGACGAUGACGAUGACAACGACUACGACGACUAUAACGACUACAACGAACUGCGACAGCGACAACGACAACGUCCACAACUGGGUGAUCAUUGUGAGUUGUGUAUUGAAGGUUAUUAUGGCAACGCAACGAAUGGAAGUCCGCAUGAUUGUAUGAUAUGCGCUUGUCCUUUGCCUUAUGAUGCAAACAAUUUUGCUACUAGUUGCGAAAUUUCUGAAUCCGGUAAUGAAAUUCAUUGUGAGUGUAAAACAGGUUAUACAGGUGCACGCUGCGAGUCUUGUGCUAAUGGUUUUUAUGGUCUACCAGAACAGUUAGGUGAAUACUGUAAGCCUUGUGAGUGCUCUGGUAAUAUAAAUCCUGUCGAACCCGGCUCCUGCGAUACUAUCACUGGAGAAUGCUUGCGUUGUCUAAAUAAUACAUCAGGCACAGCUUGCAAUUUAUGCGCUCCAGGUUAUUACGGAGACGCUAUUAAAUUGAAGAAUUGUCAGAGUUGUGAUUGCGAGGAAUUAGGCACUUUGGAAUGCGAUCCGUUUGUUGGCGAUUGCAAAUGUCACAAUCAUGUUAUCGGUGAACGUUGCGAUCGCUGUGAAGCUGACCAUUAUGGUUAUGAUUCGGGAAUGGGAUGUCGUGCUUGUGAUUGUGGUAUUGCUUCCAAUUACACGCAAUGUGAUGAUCAUACAGGUAAAUGUUCCUGUAAACCUGGCGUAACAGGUCGCCAAUGUGAUCGCUGCGCUGUGGAUCAUUGGAACUAUACCAGAGAAGGUUGCACACCAUGUCGCUGUAAUCAGGGCUAUUCUCGUGGUUUUGGCUGUAAUCCAUUUACUGGGCAAUGCGAAUGUUUGCCUGGUGUUAUUGGAGAUCGUUGUGAUCGUUGUCCACACCGUUGGGUGUUACUUAAAGAUGAAGGUUGCUUAAAGUGUGACUCAUGUCACGAUGCACUUCUAGAUGUAACCGAUCGCUUACGUUAUCAAAUUGAUCCAGUACUUGAUGAAUUCCAAUCUGUCGCUUUAGCAUUCUUCACCACGCAGAAAUUAAAUUACUUUAACGACUUAGCUGAUAAACUGUCACCUGAUGUACAGAACUUGGAUCCACAAAGUGUUAACUUAGAACCUGCUAGAAAUAAAAUUGCAGAACUGGAAUCUGAAGCAAAAGCAUAUAAUAAACAAGUGAAUCACAAUACAGAAAAUGCAUUAGACAGUCGCAUAAAAUCUGGAGUGCUGUACACAAAUGUGACUGCAUUACGUGAACGGUCAAGAUUAGACAACGAAGAAGCCAGGAGCGCUAUUGCUGCAGUAGAAGCCUUAUCAAGCAAUUUGGAAGCUGCUGCUAGUACAAAACUUGACGCGGCACUGGAAAAUGCCCAAAACAUUUUGAAUCGCAUUAACGAAACAAAAUUAAAUCUUGUACCAAAUGAAAAUCUGUUAACGAAAUCUGUGGACCUAUUUGGUCAAAUUGAUCAAAUUGUCUUACCUAUUAAGAAUCAAAAUAAGUCAUUGGAUUCAUUAAAAUAUGAUAUUGGUGAAUUUAGUGAUAAAUUAGAGGAUCUCUACUUAUGGAGUUUGCAGGCGCAAAAUGUAUCUAGAGAAGUCGAAAAACAAAAUGCGAAAAACAAACUUGCAUUUGAAAAUUCAAAGUUCGAUACUGUUCUAGAUCAGCAGAAGGAAGCAGACAAAAAUAUAGAAGAAGCUGGCAACUUCCUCAUAAAUGGAGAUCUCAUAUUAGUGGCAAUUGAUAGAUCAUUAGGUGACUUAAAUGAAGCUUUUACGGACUUAAAGGAUAUCAACGUUAAUAUUGAGAAUGAGUUGCCUGAUAGGGAAAAGGAACAUAUGGAAGCUUCCAAUACUACACAGGAAGCAGAAUUACACGCUGCAGACUUAAGUGUAAGGGCACAGGCUCUUACGCAACAGUAUGCCGAUAUGACAACAAGUGCAGAACCAGCAAUAAAGGCUGCAACAGCGUACACUAAUAUUGUCGAUGCAGUGUUGUCCGCACAGAACUUAACUAAAACAUCUAAGUUUGCUGCAGGCAAUGCAACUGAAAUCACUGAAGGCAUAGGCGAUCGAGCUGGACGUGCCGAUAAGGAUUCUGCUGAACUUCUACAAAAAGCGCGUGAUUCAUUAUCAAAAGUUCAAACUGACCUAGAACCAAGGCUUAAUGCUUCCGCCACUAAGGUUAAUGAUAUUACAGAAUUGAAUAAAAACACCGAAAACCGUUUGAAGGACAUUAAUAUUGCGCGUGAACCGCUUUCAACUGAUUUGCAACGGGAUAUUUGGAAGAAUUCCAACAGAAACGCAACUGACGCUUUGGAGAUAAUGAAGGAGGUUCUAGAUAUUUUAAAACCAGUUGUUACGCAAACACCAAUGGCUUUAGAAAAGGCUAAGAAUAUAUCAAAAGAUAUUGAUAUGACAACAAAGGAUAUAUCACAAGCAAAGAGCCAACUAGAAAGUGUUAAAAAUGCUAUACCAAAAUUGGAAGAGCUAGUAGAUACGGUUGGUAACCAGCAAGCUGAAGUUGAAAGAAUCGGACAGGACUUAGGUGAAAAUAUUGAAAACUUGAAACGCCAAAUUGAGCACGCACGUCGUUUAGCGAAUGACAUUAAAGUUGGCGUCAAAUUCGUGCCAAGUACUGUGCUGGAAAUACAACCACCAGAAAAAUUACCACUUCUAGCUACAAAAACCAAAGUAUCAGCAUACUUCAAUACUACCAAUCCUAAUGGUUUCCUUAUGUUUUUGGGUAACGAUAACAAAACAGCUGCUAGCACGGCACCUGCCAAAAAGAAUAACGACUUUAUGGCUAUCGAAAUUGUCAAUGGUUAUCCAAUACUAACAAUUGAUUUAGGCAACGGACCCGAACGUAUAACGAAUAAUAAAUAUGUUGCCGAUGGCGAUUGGUAUCAAGUAGUAGUAGAUCGUACUGGAUCAAAUGCUAAACUGAUAAUACGGGAACAGUUGGCUAAUGGCACUGUGUUAGACCACACCAGUGAAGGUGAAUUAUUAGGUCCUAACAAUGUCUUUAACGUUGAUCGCAAUAGUCGCUUGUUUGUUGGAGGCUAUCCACCGCCGGCAGAUUUUACGCCACCGGAAGAUAUACAUUCCAGUUCGUUUGUGGGAGAAAUUGAAGAUUUACGCAUAGGUGACGAAAAUGUUGGAUUAUGGAACUUCGUUUAUGGUGAGGAUAAUAAUUUGGGUGCAAAUAAACGCAAUAAAUUAGUUAGCGAGGAUAUACCACCGACUGGUUAUCGUUUCAGCGGCAAUGGAUUUGUGUCACUGAAAGCAACACAGUAUAAUUUCAAAUCUCGUUCAAGCGUACAGUUCAGUUUUAAAGCAGCUAAGGAUGCUAAAGAUGGCCUUAUGUUCUUCUAUGGGCGAGGCAACCACUUUAUGUCUAUAGAAUUAGUUAAUGGUGGUGUGUACUUCCGGUAUAAGUUGGGCGAACAUAUGGUUUCCACUGGUAGCAAUGAUCGUUACAAUGAUAAUGAAUGGCAUCGUGUAGUGGCCGAGCGUGAUGGACGUCGAGGUUUAUUGAAAGUGGACGAUGUUAUAAUUGCCCAGGAAGAAGCUCCUCCAGAAGCUGAAGAAAAUAUGCCGGCAAUUAGACGUAUGUUCUUUGGAGGUUAUCCUGGUAAACGCAAUCAUUCCGCUAUUGUGGAACAAAACUUCGAUGGUUGUAUAGAUGAUGUGAGCAUUGCUGGCAUUAAGGUGGAUUUGGGCCAAAAUAUAAAUGCUGUUGACGUGAAGCAGGGUUGUCCACCUAAGUAUUCAACAACUUUAGCUUUCCCGCCGAAUGAAUAUGGUUAUUUGUCUACAACAAAUGUGACUUCUCGAAACAAUUUCAAUAUUAAUUUGAAAUUUAAAACAAGACAACGCGAUGGUGUGCUAUUCUAUACUGCCAAUCAUGAUCAAAGUUCUACAAUUGGGUUGACUUUGAAUAAUGGCGCGUUAAUAUUGAAUAGUAUGGGUACCGAACUUAUGUCUGAUAUGAAUAAUCUAAAUGACGGAGAGGAACAUGUGGUUACUGUACGUCAUGAUGAAAAUCAUUUGAGGCUAUCAAUCGAUGAUGUGGAAGACAAACGCACAUCAAUUACACCAAAUCCAUUAUUGAUCAAUAAUGGAGAUAUAUUCUUUGGUGGCCUACCGGAUAAUUUCAUAGUACCUCCACGUGCGUUAUCCACUUCAGCCUAUUUCGUUGGUUGCAUAAGCGAUGUUACAAUAAAUGGAGAAAUAAUAAACUUUGCUGAUAGUACUGAGAAAAAGAAUGGCAAUAUUAAUAACUGCCCCAGUGAUAUUUUGGCUUAUGAUACAUCAAAAGUGCCAGUAUAUUUCCCACGUGGUGAAAAUGAACUUGUACCCAAAGUUCCACUUGCACCAAUUACAACUCAAUGGACUAAACCAGCACCCACUACUAUUAUGCCAACAAAAGCUACAACACCUACAGCAUCAGUUUUACCAGCAACUACAACAACAACAACUACUACUACAACAACGACCACAACAACAACGACCACAACUACUACAUCCAGUCCCCCAAUCAAAGCAGAGGAAAGACCAGAAGAGUUCGCCGAAAUAAUACCGAAACCAGCUGUUACAAGUAAACCAAAACCAAUAAUUCAUCAGAAUAUGCCAGAAGAUCCACGUUGUAAACUGCCAACUAAUCCAAAUUUCGAUAAAGAUUUCUCGGAAGCCGGUUAUAGAUUUGUCGCUACACGAGAACAACGUCUUGAAAUACAUACACUGCCCGCUAAAUUACGCAAACAUUAUGAUGUUAGCAUUACAUUCCGUACAGACUAUCCAUAUGGUUUGCUCUUCUAUGCAAGCGACAAGCGGCAUAAUGAUUACUUUGCUGUAUAUUUAUUGGACGGUAAGAUCUACCAUCAGUUGCGCGUUGGCCAAAAAUUCGCUAACUUAUCCAGUGAGCAAGAAUUGAAUGAUGGCAAGUGGCAUACAGUCCAGUUUGUGCGUACAAACCGCAAAUUAAGUCUUAUAAUAGAUGAAGUAGAACAAGAACCUUCGGUGGAAGCUGAUGAACGUGCAAUGAUGGUUGAAUUCCCAAUCUAUCUCGGUGGUGUACCUAAGUUCCAAGAAGAAAGUGUACAUCUUAAUAUUGAAAGCAGUGCUAACACUACGCACUUUAAUGGUUGCAUGCGUGACAUUAAGUUCAAUGGCGCAACUUUGGAAAAAGAACCAAUGCCACAUCAUGUUGUACCAUGUUCAGAUGAAGUUGAAGAUGGUUUCUUCUUCAACAAGCCAACUGGUUACAUCAAAUUGUUUGAACGCUUUACUGUUGGUUCAGACUUUAACUUCGAAUUCGAUUUUAGACCACGCGAGCCAGACGGUUUGAUAUUCUCUGUGCAUGGUAGAAAUGCAUAUAUGAUAUUGGAGUUAAUGGAUAAUAUUCUAUGGUUUACUGUUAAAUCGGACGGUAAAAACAUUAUUUUUACGAAUUAUACAUUGCCAGAUAAUGGCAGUUAUUGUGAUGGCAAUUGGCGUAAUGUCAAUGCAGUCAAAUCAAAAUACGUCAUCACAAUAGCUGUCGAUUAUAUCAAUAAUACUCCAGGAGUUGGUACUGAAGGCUCAAUAAAUACAAAAACUAAUCGUCCAUUGUUCCUGGGUGGUCAUCAAGCAUUCAAUAAAGCACCGGGUCUGAAAACUAAGAAGACUUUCAAGGGUUGCAUACGAAAUGUUAAAGUUAAUAAAAAGGCCAUGAGAAUAACACCAAAUCAUAUAUUCGGUGAAAUUUGGCAAGGCGUGUGCCCGCUUAAUUAACCUACAAAAAUUUAUUCUCAUUCUUACUUUUCUCUUAUUUCUUCUCCAUUAUGAUUCGGACUCAAAUAUAUUGCUAAAGGUUCUUGAUUUGGGAUAAAUGUUUUGUUUUAGUUAACUAUGGAAUAAUUUUGUCAGGUUGGCGACUUGAUAUUUUCGUUUUGGAAAACUGAUGAAGAAAAGGACUUUGCUAUAGUAAUCAGGACACUUUCUAUAUUACUUCUAUUAUUAUUUUGCUUGUAAAAACUUAUUGCUCUGUCAAUUAAAAUUAGCUUUUAUUUUUUUUUUAAAUUUCAAUAAAAAUUACUUCACAAUAUUU